AUUAUCAUCAACUUGAAGGGCAAAUUCGCCAUUUUCGCAAACAACUAGAACCAUCCUCUUUUUCAUCUAUAUCUGAUUCUGAGGUUCCUGUUGUUAUCAGACAGAAAGAUUCAUGGGUUUCCUUGUAGCCGUCAUGAACUUUUCUCCUACUUUGGUGCAUCACCAUAUGAAAUCGAAGCCACAAUGUCAAAAUGAAAAGCUUCGUCAAGGCCAAACAUCAUCUUUGUUUGAUCGUCGUGGUUUCUUGAAAUGUGUUGUUGGUGCUUCUUCGUUCAUGGCCACAAUUGAGUUUUCUGGAUUACAAGCUCAGGCGUCAGAGGAAAAGUUAGACGAAGGAGAAGGAGUUGUUGGUGCUUUCAAGACUUUGUUUGAUCCUAAUGAGAGAACAAAGUCUGGCAAAGAGUUACCAAAAGCUUACUUGAAAUCUGCAAGAGAGGUUGUCAAAACCAUGAGGGAGUCAUUGAAAGAGAACCCUAAAGACAAUGCUAAGUUCAGAAGAAGUGCUGAUGCUGCUAAAGAAUCCAUUCGUGAUUAUCUGAGCAAUUGGAGAGGACAAAAGACUGUUGCCGGAGAAGAAUCAUACGUGGAGCUGGAGAAUGUAAUCCGCGCUUUGGCGAAAUUUUACUCAAAGGCAGGUCCUUCUGCACCACUUCCUGAUGAGGUUAAGACUGAGAUUUUGGAUGAUCUUAACAAGGCUGAAGAGUUUUUGUGACAUUUUUGCUGUAACAUGUUUCACCCAUGUUAUACAUAUCAAAGUAUUGAAAGCAAUAGAAGAACGCUUGACCACA